AUGGUGUACGAGACUAAACCAUUUGAUCCUAUAACGGUAAAACCGAAUGAAAAGAAGAGAGUCGCAUACUUCUAUGAUGCGGAUGUGGGGAAUUACGCUUAUGGUGCAGGUCAUCCAAUGAAACCACAUAGAAUAAGAAUGACCCAUUCUUUGAUUAUGAACUAUGGUCUUUAUAAGAAGAUGGAAAUAUAUAGAGCCAAACCUGCCACGAAACAAGAGAUGUGCCAAUUUCAUACGGACGAAUACAUUGAUUUCUUAUCUCGGGUGACGCCGGAUAACUUGGACAUGUUCCAAAAGGAGAGUGUGAAAUUCAAUGUCGGUGAUGACUGUCCUGUGUUUGAUGGUUUGUAUGAGUAUUGUAGUAUUUCUGGUGGUGGUUCGAUGGAAGGUGCAGCAAGGCUCAAUCGUGGGAAGUGUGAUGUUGCGAUUAAUUAUGCAGGAGGUUUACAUCAUGCAAAGAAAUCAGAAGCUUCUGGUUUCUGUUAUCUAAAUGAUAUCGUGUUGGGUAUUAUUGAAUUGCUAAGGUAUCAUCCACGUGUGUUGUAUAUCGACAUUGACGUUCAUCAUGGUGAUGGUGUUGAAGAAGCCUUUUAUACUACCGAUCGUGUUAUGACCUGUUCUUUCCAUAAAUAUGGUGAAUUUUUCCCUGGUACCGGAGAGUUGAGAGACACAGGUGUUGGUAAAGGUAAAUAUUAUGCGGUCAAUGUUCCACUGAGAGAUGGUAUAGAUGAUGCCACCUACAAGUCGGUCUUUGAACCAGUGAUUGGUAAAAUAAUGGAAUGGUAUCAACCCUCAGCAGUGGUUCUUCAGUGUGGUGGUGACUCUUUAUCUGGGGAUCGUUUAGGUUGCUUUAAUCUAUCAAUGAAGGGACACGCUAACUGUGUUAACUAUAUGAAAUCGUUUGGUGUUCCAUUAAUGAUCGUUGGUGGUGGUGGUUACACUAUGAGAAACGUUGCGCGUACUUGGGCCUUCGAAACAGGUAUCCUAAAUAAUGUUAUUUUGGAUGAAGAACUACCUUAUAAUGAUUACUACGAGUACUAUGGACCUGAUUACAAACUUGAUGUUAGGCCAUCGAAUAUGUACAACGUCAAUACACCGGAGUAUUUGGAUAAAGUUUUGAUGAAUAUCUUCAGUAACUUGGAGCAUACCAAAUAUGCUCCAAGUGUUCAACUAAAUCACGUUCCUAAAGAUCCUGAAGAUAAGGGUGAUGAAGAAGAAGAUACUGCAGCUGCUAAGGAUACUAGAGGUGGAUCUCAAUAUGCAAGGGACAACACUAUCGAACAUGAAAACGAUUUCUAG